UCCGCGCGCCCCGCCCCAGGGGCACUCCCGCCGCCGCCGCCCGCGCGUGCCACUCCCGGGACGGUUCCUGCGCGGCGCCCGCCGGCCGCACCAUGGCUCCCCGGGCCGCCGUCGCGCUGCUGCUGGUCGGCCUGCUCGGCACGCUGGUGCCCGCUCGGGGCCAGGAUUUCGAUUUGUCGGAUGCCCUCGACGACAGUAACAAGAAACCCACAGCGCCCCCCAAGAAGCCCAGCACAGACAGUUCGGACUUGAAUUUGGAAGAUGCCCUCGGCGGGGGAGGAAGCCACGACCCAGUACCACCUAAACCACCCAAACCGAAGCCUAACCCAGACCCCAAGCAGCCUGGAUCUUCCGGUGGCUUCUCAGACUCCGAUCUCCUCGAUGGAACCUCAGAUGCAGGGGGCGGUGGCGAUGGCCCCGGCGGUGGAGGCCCGAGGCCUGAUGGGGAGGAGCAGGCUGACUCCCCUGGGGUGGUCCCUGGCAUCGUGGGGGCCGUCGUGGUGGCCGUGGCUGGGGCAAUUUCUAGCUUUAUCGCCUACCAGAAGAAAAAAUUGUGCUUCAAAGAAAACGACCAGCCGAGGAUGUAGGCACGCACAGAACGCCCCGUGCAGGCCCGAAGACGUUCCCGCGUGGUCAGUGUUUGUCCGCUAAGCCUCAGAGCCGAGCACUUGCCCCUGUCCGUAUGCCUAGUCGGUCGCCGCGGUGAGGGGGUCGUCCCCGGCCGGGGUGUGUGUUUCCUGCCUUCCAGAUGCACGGAGGCUCGUCAUGUUGUCUUAGGUCCCACGCAUAGGUAGCCUCACGAUGUGUGGAAGAAGGCGCAGAUUUUCUUUUAAGCUUGAAUUCACUGCCAGGGAAGAGUGGCGGGGGGUUGAGGGGUCGGCCGUACAACAUCACCACGUUCCUGACCGUCGAGUUCCUGUUUGCUAGCCACCCGGGCAGGAGGGCAGGGAGCUGCCCCCCGCGGUCCCUGGAGGGUCCCCAGACAUGGCCGGCCCGGGUCACCGGGUUUCUACGUCCCCGUGCAACUUGGAACCUCUGAUUUUGCAGCUUGUGGGGUUUUCUGGCGCAUUGCCCCCACUCUGUGUCCAAGGAAGCAGUUUCCAGCUGUCUCUCUGACCAGGCUUCGUAAAAGGGGUGAAUGCCCCCCCUUCCCUAAAAACCCCAGGAUGUUACAAUCGGGAGUCAGUCGGCUGAUGGUCUGAGUGGAGGGUCUGUGUGGCCCCAAGAGCAAAGCCUUCAGUGGGACCUACAAUCAGGCACUGCUGGGCCGUGCUCCUGACUGCUCCCCGGGAGCCUCGGUUGGGGUUCUGAGUGCUCAGUGUGUGUGAUAGAAAUAGUCCUCGGGCUUGGGGACCGCUCCCCCAGCCUGCCCCAAAGCUGCAGUGUCUCUAACGGCUUACACGGCGACACGUGGUCCCUUAACGUCCUGGAGGUGACGAUGAACGGUGCCUGUGUGCAAUCCGGGGUCCCCUCAGGGGCCUGCAGCAUGGGGGGCCCGGGGACAGGUGCCCGGUGUUUCCAGGGUAGGUAUGCGUCCCCCUGGAGAGGGGAAUGUGGCCGUGCGUCCCUGCCCUUGACAAGGCCUGGGCCUCCCUGCCCGGGGUUGGCCUCCCCACGGGCCACACUGAUCUCCGGGGGGUUUUGCAAGAGGCUAGAGCUGCCAUCUGGGAAAACCACCCUGGGGCUUUGGGGUUUUGUCCUGCGGCCCCGCCCACCCGGGUGUGGGCUGAAUCACAGCCAACACCACCCACGGGGCCUGGCUUCCUGCUCCACCCCUCCCCCCGCCUUGUGCGUGCGGAUUUUGGGGGUCAGGACGCACCCCUGCUCCCAAGACCGCAGACCCCGCCCUGUGCCACACGGCGUCCAGCCCACGCACCCCCCGACCGCGGCCCCUACGCGAUGCCUUCGGAACGUCCUGCAAAGCUGGCAUCCUGUGACCACACGCGCCCGAGCCUCAGACGCCCUGUUACGUGUCGCCGACAACCGUCGCCCCACGUGGACGUUCCCGCUAGGAUUCCUCACUGUGCCUUGUGGGCGUUUUGCAGGCACACCCCCCCCCCCCCCCCAGCGUGAGCGGUUCCUCUGCGACCUGCCGUGGAUGUUGAGGCCCCCCUGUCGCCGAAAACGUGCCCCUUGCGCUCCUGAGCGAGGCCACCGUCAGGAAAUAAACGCUUUUUGCCCGCGAA